GGGGUAGGAGCGAGAAUGGCGGCCGUGCAGUGCACCAAAUGCACGGCAGAAAGAAAAGGUUUUCGGCGGGAACUUGAUUCUUGGCGACACAGACUGGUCCACUGCGUUGGGUUUGAAUGUAUUCUUGAGGGAAUCUACGGCCCGAUGCUGCUGAAAGACCUCAAUUUGUUUGUUGACUGUGAACCAGAAGAAGUGGAUGAUUGGUCCCCAGAAGCAAGCCGUUCUCAGUGUUCAUUCUGUAACCUUUCACUGGACAAACUCAGUGAUCCCGCACCUGUAGCCUCGUCGCCUCCCUCCUCCCCCUCUGAUUACUCUCCUUGUCAGGCCCUGACCCUCUCUGAGAGCAGCCAGUCAGCACACAGGUUCCUCCAAGCUGUGUUUCACAAGAAAGAUGUGCCCACAGACUGUGAUUCAAACAUACCUCUGGUCGCUCAGGAGCUGAUGAGGAAGAUGAUACAUCAGUUUGCUGUGGAGUAUGCUUCCAAGUGCCUGCUCCGCACCAGUACAAACGGUGUCACAGGGACCUCCUCACCUUUGUCAGAAACACCAGAUGGCCCCCUGGACCUCACAGUGAGCCGAACAGUGGAGGAGAAAGAGAUUGAGCCCGAACCCGAUGGCGUCCUGGACCUCUCCUUCCGAAAUCUAGCCAACUCGGCAGUUACGUCAUCAUCUAAUCACAAAGCCUCAGGUUCCCGGCUGUCGUCGUUCACGGAAGAAAUGAGAGAUCUGGGACGGCGAGGGACUGCGUUUUGCCAGGAUUCUGCGAUGGAUGGGGUACUACGUUCCCUCUGCCCAGCUCACCAGUCUUUGCUCUACCAAAUCCUGAAGCUAGCUCACCAGGAGCAACUGCUGCCGUUAUUUAACCACAGACAAGUUGGUCAGACUGAAUCUCACUGCUGUCACUGUGGUGUACCACCACAGGAUAACAUUGCACCUCAUCCAGUCCGUUUUAGUGAAUGUAAAGCCCUUGGCCACGGCCUGUGCUGCCCGUCGGUCGAUUCUGGCCAACAAACUCAGUGUGGCGGCGCCUACCAUUCCGAAGCCUCAAAGUCCAGCUGUAGCAUCCAUCAUCACUCUCUCAGAGGCUGUAACAGUGAAGGUCAGCGGGGCUCAAACUACAGUUGCGUGCAGCGGUGCAGGACGGAAAGCUAUGGCGUUCUGUGUUCUAAGAGGCUGCAUUGCCUCUCCUGCCAAAACCAAGCCAUCGGCCGCAUAAACAGCAUAGUGCAUUCUUUUGCAUCGUCUCCUCUGUUAUCCCAGUCCUCGCUGUGCGCUCCCCCCUCUAGAUUAUGUGCAUCGGUGUGCUGCACAAAGAACGAGGGGGACUCUAGUUCGUGUUAUCCAAACCACAUCUGUCUGAGACACAUCAGGAACGCAGUCGAAAAAUGCACUGGAGAGGGAGAUCAUCACUGCCCUGUCCUCAAAAGAGAGCAAAGCCCCUCUCCUCCCCCUCUUUCACCCAUCCCCACAGACGUGGAGAAAAAAGCAGACGAAAAACCACCAUCCCUCCUCCACCACAGACAGGGGGAGGAACCUGACCCUAUGGGUGGAAGCAGACCAGUAAGUUGCAGCCUCAUGGUGGCGGAUAUGUUUGCAGCCGGAGAAAAUGAGCCGCAGUGCAAAGCCCUGGUUAGUAAGCGGGCUCAUCAGAACCCAAGUGGGGCUUCGCUGCAAGAGGUCGUGACUCGUUUCAGUCAGAAACUGGAAACGAUCACAUCGCUAGACAAGGACCCUGCGCCUCUUUCCACGGCGAUCUACGCUUCUGAGAAAGAGCAGCCGCAAUUUCCCUCGACCAGUCAGAGCCCGCAGUGCCACGCUGACGCUCAUCUGACUGAAAUCAUCACCACGGUGCUGCACACCGGCAGCUCUAGCGACUACAGUCUUAGUGAGCUGUUCAACAAGCAUGAUAACAUAGCCCCAAAGUCACCCAAUACUCGCGCUCGCCGUCGCAAGGAAGUCAUGGACGCCAUAGCAACCCGUGCCGAUGAGGCGUACACCAGAAGGCAAACUUUACAAAUCAAACGGGAUCUGGCCAUGCUGGAUCAGUCUUGUAAUAGGAGGAAGAGACCCACAGCAAAGAGGGCAAGACUAAAAGAUGGGGCCGUUUCAGUAACUGCAUCGGGUACUCCAUCAGACCCUGACCUAGAUAAAGCAGUCUCUAAAAGAGAAAUUGAAGCUGGUGUAGAGCAACUAGAGAGCCAUAUGGCUGGGGAGGGGACACUGAUCGAGCUCACAAGGGAAGAAGAUGAGGAGGAAGCUAAAGAGAAUAUACAGGCAGUUAUAGUACCAGACGAUCUACGGGGUGUUAGUGAGGAGCAAGAAAGGGAGAUACCGACUGAGAGAAAAGAACUUGCUUCAUCAAGUGCUGAGGCACACCGUCCCGGGCAAAAGAGUACAGAUGAAACAAGGGGCUCAAACGUAAAAACAGAGGUUGUAACAGAGACUGCAGUUGCUGUGACUCCGUUGGGCGGUCUCGUUGGAGAAGAUUGUAAAGCUGUUAAUGAGGCAAGUGAUAAAAACCAAGCAGAAGCCCUACCGAUACAAAGCUCCGGUAAAAAUGACACACUUGGUAAAGAUUCUCAUAGCCCUGUUAGACAGGAUCAAAAAUGUCAAUCGGGCCACUCCAUGGGAGUAAGAAGAUCCACAAGACAUAUAGUACCCCCGCUGUGGAUUUCUUCCUAUGUUACAGAGCCCCGAAUGUUCUUUACAACCAGUUUGUCUGAAGGGAUGAGCAACAGUACACAAGAUGACGAGGCUCUGACACCUAGCAUCCUGCAUGAUGUAGCCAAAGAUCGUGAUGCUCAUGACACUCCUAAAUCAAGAAGUGAUGCCCAUCUAUCAGAGUGUACAGAGACGCUUCCCUUUGAACUCAAACAGGAAGAACAAUGUGAAAUGUCUAGCACACAGUUGAAAGAUCAGAAGCAAAUGAUGCCUGUUGAGGAAGAGUCUUAUAAAAAAGACAGCCCCGAAAAAGAAACGGAUGCCAAUGAUUUUUCUUCUAGUAGGAGACUACGGUCAUUUUCAAAAACACUACAGGUCUCUAACAGGUCAGAAAAUCCAAACAUGGAUUUGUCCAUCACAUCUACCUGUGUUCAGAGCCUUUCCAGUACCCAAGCCGAGUACACUAGUCCAAUUAAACUUAUGUUUGUAUCACCAGUAAAGGUUAAGGAAGGAAUUAGAUAUAGUCUCAAGUCAGCAGGUUCUAGUACACAAACAGAACAUUUUGACCCUUAUGAAGAGUCCUCAUGGGGAGGCACGCCUCAGAAAUGCAAAGGCCAGAACAAUGGUUGUGCAACAUCUCAAGUAAAAUCUGCUAAUUCGCCUCCAAAAUCUGCUAAUUCGCCUCCAAAAUCUGCUAAUUCACCCCCCAAAUCUGCUAAUUCGCCUCCAAAAUCUGCUAAUUCACCUCCAAAAUCUGCUCCUUCGUGCACAAGAUCUGUAUCCUCGCCAGCAAAGUCUCCAUCUUCACCAUCUAAGUCGGCAUCCUCGCCCAGGUCUGUGCCCUCAUCACCUAAAAACUGCCUUCGAAAAUCUGCUGAUUGUACUCCCUCCAAGUCUUUAUCCGGAUCUGAGGCUCGGCGAUCACCGGGUGACUUGCCACCUGUCAAUGAAACCACUCCUCCAAAAAGACGCCCAGGUCGGCCAAAAAAGCUGGGACCACGUUUGGAACAAAAAGCCAAGAGGCCCAUUGGUCGACCACGUAAACAGAUUGCUGCCGAUUCUGCAGAAGAGGCAAAAUCAUCGAACAGUAAAUGUCUGACUGGAUCUGAUGUUGACGACAGUGUGAACAAGAACCUCAAAAUAACCGUUUUGUACGGUCGUUCAAGGAGAAACAAACGAAUGGUGUCUGAGAGCUUUGACCAGCUACAAACAGACUUCAGUGACGCACUGCAAAAAGUGGAUAUUGGAAGCGACUUGAGCAUUUUAUUGCACCGCUCUAAGACCUUAGGUACUAUCAAAAGGGCUUCGGAGGAACUAAGUUUUGCCAGCCCCGCGAUGGAGCCCGCCCCUCAGUCUAACGGCAACGUCAAAUUUUUAGGGCAGGAGGAAUCCACACCCUCACGGAAACCAGGCAGACCGGCGAAAGUGAAAAUAUCUGGAAUCUCGGUCACCGUCACCACAGUGUCGCCUCGGCAACGCAAAAUUCAGCUAGACAAAGACACUCGGCAAUCGUCCGAAACGCAGCCUCACAAGAAGGCGCUGCUGUCAGAUGGGAAAUCUGCCAAAGAUCCCUGGACAAUCAGCCGUCAGCCGACAAGCAAGAGCACGCGAAAGGAAGAGAGGCUGGAAGCACGGACCCAGUGUAAAGACGAGCUCCCACAUCAGCCCGCACCGGUGCGACACUCGAUGCGGGUGAGAAAACCCUCCAUCCACUUUCUGCAUGCCGUGGCUACAUCCGGCUUCAGAUCAUACAGCCGCAGCAACGCGCUGCUGCGGCGCUCCAAACAGCUCCUGCUCACAAAGGAAAGCAACGAAAGGAGGCAGGAGCAGCGGAACAGCGCCGAGGCUUCGGCCGAGAAACGACGGCCCGGCGGAAGAGCGAGAGCCACGGUUUCUCAAGAUCUGAGCAAAGUGGCGGAGGCGUCCGUGGAUUCGAUAUUUAGCCCAAACAGGACGCUGAGGUGGUGGGCACCGUCCGCCGAGGAGAAGACGUUGAACCAAGAGCUGGCCAGGCGAAUCCGAGUCAUCUCUGACACGUGGGUGGCAGACUCCGCGGAGGGCCAAGAAAAAGAAAGGACCUUGAAUUCCAAACUCGACAACAAAGGGAACGGCGCAUUCGCAAGGAAGUCGAAACACCCCUCUGUGGUCCAAAUGCUGUUCGACUGCUCCCCGACCAGACCGAGGUCCUGCAGCAUGCAGCAGAUCCGCUCCUGGUUCAUGGAGACCACAGAGACUCAGUCUUUGGCCAUUGUCAAAAAGGCCAGCUCCCGCAAUCCUUACGAGCUCCUACACUUUCCUCGUUCGGCCAAUAAGAAGAGCACCCGCCACAGUCCCCAGGCAGAGAGACUCCGCAAACACGUCAAGAAGUUUGCCACAACCGUGCCAAAAAGUCCUUUGCAGCAUGAACAGGCUCAGCAGCAGCUGAGGAGGAAGAAGGACAUCAGGCGGCGGCUUUUUGCCUCCAGCCGAGCGGCGGGCAAACGCCGCCGGGGAGCUUUGUGGCGGAGACGCGGUUCUUCAGGUAGAUAUCAGGCCACCCUGGUAAGGGCAAGGUCUCGGUUCCUUACGUGUAGAGAAAGGAAGAGGUGGCAAAAGAAGCUAAAAAACCGGAGAAAAGAAGCCCCCCGCUUCUCGGGUGGACCUGACGCAACUGGACCCCGACCGGGACGCAAAGCGUCGGCAAAAGAUCGGUUCUCCGACAGUUUCGAGACGGGUCCCACCGCCUGCUCUGCUAGCCAAACUCAGGAACUUGUGGAUGCAAACAAAGAGCAGAAGCUCUGUUCAAAAGCCUGGAGUCCCGAGACCCUGAAGGAGUGCCGGGUGUUUCUGAGAAAGAUCAACUCCCCAGACAGUGAGUCAGCGGAGGAGGAGUGGGAGUCCUGCACCGUCACACUGGAUGACGGGUCACCCUCUGCUUACCUCUUUGCAGGGCAGGAGAGGGAACUGGUCGGAGUUGUUAAAGCUGUGAAAAGUGAGGGAAAAGGGAGCAUGAGUAAGAGGACCGCCUCUAAAGAGCAGACAGUUUCUGCAGUUAAUUCAGUACAGAAGCAGGAGGCAGUUCCAGAGGAGAGGGAGCGGGGUAAAUACAAGAGUCCCAUGGGUGUGUCGGCCGAACUACCACAACCACCACCAGCGAAAACGUUGAGACAAUCGCGAAUGAGAGGCCUGUCUGGGCCCAAAUGGUGCGACUUCGUGAAACUAAUCGAAGCGCGAAGCCGCCUCCUCUUGGGAAAGGAACUGUGGUUUGUAAUGGUGCCUUUGGACGUUGAGCUGACCAUGUGGACUGACUAUCCAACUAUGGGUCAGUCUUGCACUCAGCAGUUAUGUAGCAUUCUAACUUAAAAGCUUGACGUUGCACUAUUUUUAUCCAUGGAUUCAUGUUUGUUUUUUUUGCUCUUUUUUCGUGUGUGUACGUGUUUCUUUUAAAUUUGCUGAGUAGAGAACAACUCCCUGCAUCCGAUGUUUUAUUGGGAUAAGUAAACCUCUUGUGAGUCUUGCUAGUGAAGCCAUGUUUUAAGGAAGGGCGGGGCUCAACUGUAUUAGUGCAUUUCUCUCACCCUGAGCACCCCCCCCUUAUGAAGGUCAACACAGCUUCUUGAAAUUCUGUAACUUUACCACUUCAAGACACUCCUGCUCUAAACCCUGCCAAACUUACUGUUUUAUUAUUUAUUUGUAACACUUACUAUAGAGCUCUUGAUAUUCUAAAAGAAUUAAGUAAUUUUAUCAUAAAAAGAUAUUGACAUUAUUUGUUGUUUUCUGCAUUUAAGUAGCCAAAUAACAUUUCAUUAUGAAGGACUGGUUAGGACCUGCCCACGCCCAAUUUUGUUUUAGACAAUAAGCGGCUGUAAUCCUCUACUGACAUCUCGGCACCAAAUAGAAUGUACAUUGGAUCCACUUUCAGUCCCAAAACCGCACCGACCCACAAGAGGUGUGAGAAAUGAUCAAGAAAAUGGCAUUAUACAAACGUAGAGCAUACCUCCUGCUCCUUUUGAUGGGUUGUGGGAUCUGUCCGUUCUCGCCCACAGCUGGAUGUCGCCGCCAGAUGUACCUCUUGCACUAUCCCAUUUGAGAUUAUUAAUCCCGCAGUUCAGAUUCCUCCUCCAUUUUUGCACAUUGUGUCCCACUAGCAACCCCUACUGUAAACCUAGAGGAUCUCUUCGGUGCAAUACAAACCCAGAUGGUUUAUCAUUAUGUAGAAAUAGGUUUAUUGCUGACAGAUGAAUGGAUGUACACGAGUCCCAGUGGCCUAGGAUGUUAAGUUCAUCUGUCUCCACAGCCAUGAUGGGUUGAGAUUUCAGCCAUUUAAGAUCCGAGGCGCGUUGUUGGCUCUGGCGUUUUUUUCACAUUUGCU